CAACCACCUCAACACCAACAAGCUGCGCAAUUGAUCGAGUUCAACAAUUCUAGCUGAACUCCUUCUCAUCAAGGGUGUUAUUCCGCUAGAAAGCCAGACAGUAGGGAACCGAGAUGUGCAAACGUAGCAGCCUAUCAGUCGACGCGUAAUCAGGCUGUGAUCCUCCGAAACAUAUCUCGGACUCCCUCCAACCUCACCUCAUUUUUUCUGACCAAUAUCGACAAAUCGGCCAAGAUGGCGGGCAUGAACAUAUUCCGUAUCCUCGCCGACAUCUCCCAUACGCUCUCUAAAUGCAUUCUCAUUUAUGCAAUCCAUCGAAACUCCAGCACCGAGGGCGUCUCGCUGAUAACACAAGCGCUGUACUGCCUUGUCUUCGUAUCCCGCUAUCUCGACCUCUUCAUGCCCAAUACGCCAUGGAACACGACACUGAAGAUAUUCUACAUUCUGAGCUCCAUCUACAUCCUCUUCCUUAUGCUACGAGUCUAUGCGCGAACGAGAGAACGUGAAACGGCAUGGAAAUUGGGGGCCUUCUCUCUGGUUGGCAGUGCCAUCGCCGCGCCGUUCGUAAUGAUGAUCUUCAAGAACAAGGCGAUUUGGGGCUUCACUGAGGUCGCCUGGGUCUUCUCUAUCAUCCUUGAAUCCGUCUGCGUCCUGCCUCAACUUGUACUCCUCCGACAAACCACCGUUCCAACAGUCAUCGAUUCCUACUACCUCCUCACCCUCGGCUCAUACCGAGGAUUCUACAUCCUGAAUUGGAUCUGGCGUGAAGUCGACCCGAAUGAAACCCGUGCCCCCGAUGCUGUGUCCAUAAUCUUUGGCGUCAUCCAAACGGCAUUCUACAUCGAUUUUGCAUGGGUCUACUAUUCGCGCCAAAGAGUCAAGCUACGAAACGGUGGCAUCGUGGAUGCGGACGAUAUGCGGAAUAGCUGGCUGCUGCGAACGGUGUUUAGACAUAAAGCUGUUGUUGGACAUGACGAUGAGGAGAGCGCGCCGGCUCUUGGAGGAAGCCCUACUGGGAAUGGAAGGCCAAAUGCUGGAGGCAGGAAUGGCUCAAAAUGGGGCGCCAGGGGAAUCAGUGUUUCUGCAGAUGAUGGUGUCUUGGAGGGGGAACGAGAGAGGCAAAGUGGCUUCCCUGGCCAGCAAGAUGGAGUUAUUGAUACUCUUACAGGCGAGGAGAUGGAUCCUGAUGCUAAGAUGAAGGAUCCUGAUGAGCUGGCGAGGAUUUUGGAUGAUGAUGACGAUGAUGACGAUGGAGUUCUGCCUGAGGGGGAGAGUUCUGAGAGAGUAGGAAACGGCUCGGAAUGGAGGGAAGGAAGCAGGAAGUAGGAUGGGAGUAAGGUAGAAGGGCGUGGAGUUUGUCAGUUUUUGUAUUUUUGGUUGAAAUACCCAGCAGCUGCUAUAUACCGUUUCCACUGCCUUUGGAGAACUAUGCCUUGGAUCCGUUGCCGAAAGUCAUCCACAAGCAAUUGGCAAGCGCGUUCCUACGCCCCCGCGCAAAUACACUUCUGCCAAUGUACAGCCCCUGCCUGAACAUUGAGAAAUAGCAAGCGCAUUUCAUUUUUGCCUACUUUGAACCUGCAUUUGAUUUUGGCUAUCUGUAUUUGAUUUGAGUGAUUUCAAAGACUUCUGCUUUGACUCAUCAGCUGGAGUGCGUAAUGGGGUAGAAGAACCGCCACAUUAAUUAAGGAUGCACGCAAAGACUUCGAUCUUAUCAAGAUGAUUAUGCAAGACGGAAGAUUGGCUUGCACGAGGAGAUGUACUACGCAAGAAGAAGUUAAUCUGCAUCAAGC